GUGCCUCACGGGCGAUGUGCGGCGUGUCGAUGAAAUUCAAACCGAUAUGGCCGUUGGAGGAGUUUCUACCUCUAGUAGCAUUCUUGUUGCCAAAAUUUAGAGCAAUAUUUACGAAGUCAUUGAUUGAGAGCUCAUACAAGGUGAAGUGGAAGAGGGCGUUGGCUCGCCGGAGGCCGACAGCGAGCAAGGCAGAGCACCCAACGUUCGCAACGGCGAUGGAGUUUCUGAGGGUGGUCAGAGAGAUCGAGAGGAGGAGUCCGGAGCUGAGGCUGCCGGUGUUGAUGGUGCACGGGAGUGAGGACCGUGUGUGUGAUUUGGGGUCUGCUAAGGCUGUGUUCGGUUUGAUUGGGAGUGAAGAUAAGCGUUUGGAAGUUUUGGAGGGAACGUGGCAUCAGUUGGUGGCUGAGAGGGAGGACAUGGUUGAGUUUGGGUUUGAAAUUAUUUUUGACUGGAUUAAGGAGAGGGCUAAGAGAGGUAAUUGUGAUUAGAGUGAGGGGAUUCGAAUUUUUUUUUAUAGGAAAAUUGCUUCUAGCGCCUAAAA